AUGCUAAGAUCAGUUGAUCGUGAAAUUGAUUCGCUUGUUCAAGGAAAUCAGGCCUCCAUAAUCGACGGCGCCAUUGAGUUCGUGAGGGAGUUGGAGCAACUCCUCCAGUGCCUGGAGUCCCAAAAAAAGGAGAAGACUUUUCGGCAGCACCGGAGUAGCAUCGAGAGCGACGAUGGAGGCCGGUGGUGCUUUGGCAUUGCAUACCAGUGUACUGGGUCAAUCACGGUGCUUGAAAAUGUGAACUCCCUGGUAGGCCGCAGUGCAGCGCCAGGAUAUCUGCAGAAGCUAACAUUCCUGCCUUGGAAUCACUACAAAGCCAUAAGGCAGAUCGAUACUGUGCGGGCUUACACAUUUGGCUCCCACUACUUUGUCGAAGUAGACAUUGUCUUGCCGUCAGAGAUGCCGCUAAGAGAAGCACACGUCAUCGGUGAAGCCCUGCAGGAGAAGCUCGAGCAGCUGCCUGAGAUAGAGCGAGCUUUUGUUCACUUGGACUACGAAUACACCCACAAGCCUGAGCAUGCGCAAGCUCAGGAUAUUUAG